CUUACCCAGGUCGGAAGUAAAUAGUGGAUGCAGAAAACGUACCUGAAAAACAUUUCUUGCGAGAAAAACAAGAGAGAGAGAGAAAAAAAAAAAGAAAAAAAAAAGAAAGAAGAGAAAACAACAGAGAGAAGAGAAGGGGGGCUGUGCGUGGUGAGUGCCUUACUGUCAUGCACUUUGGCUGGACUCGUCGGACAAAGCGCACAGAAAAAGAGACAGUUGUGAAAAGAGCUCUCUUUUCUGCCACCGUCCGACCGUCGUAUCUCAUCUCGUUCUUCCAGGAUUCGAUAAUACCGAUUCAGAAUCCAAUCUUUCACUUCUUUCCAACUCAAAACCCUUCGAUCCAACUCGCCGGGUCGACUCGCUCCCCCCAACUUCAACCGUUCCUUUCCAAUUAUCGAUUUGGCUAUAUUUUCCCACCCGUUCCUGGUGGUUAUGAUUUGGUGAAUCAUUGAGAGAUUGGUAAGAAGAUCACGCAUUAGAAAAGAGAAAACCCAGGUGCUGAUUUUGCGUGCUGUCCUCUAAAAGCUACUCCUCUUUUCUCAAUUCAGGAAGAUUUUGAGGUUCAAACCUCCGAUUUUGCUUUAGGGUUUUGAAUUCGAAUGGCGGCGUCCGGGAAUGACAAUAAGGUCGAUAUUUUGAUAUCUGCUAGGACAUCGUUGAAACUGAGCAUAGAGAAAUCGAAGGCUUUAGGGUUAGCUUUACAGAAAGCUGGGCCUAGAUUGGAAGAGAUUAACCAAAGAUUACCUUCCCUAGGAGCUGCAGUCCGGCCCAUUCGCGCCGAGAAGGAUGCCCUUGCUGCCGUUGGGGGCCACAUUAACCGCGCUGUAAGCCCCGCAGCGGCGGUGCUUAAGGUUUUCGAAGCCGUUCAUGGGCUUGAAAAGUCGCUGCUAUCCGACCCCGGGAAUGAUCUGCCGGGCUACUUGUCGGUGUUGAAACGCCUGGAGGAGGCGUUGAAGUUUUUGGGGGACAAUUGUGGAUUGGCAAUUCAGUGGUUGGAGGAUAUUGUGGAGUACCUGGAGGAUAACACGGUGGCUGAUGAUCGGUACCUUUCGAAUUUGAAAAAUUCCUUGAAGAAUCUUAGGGAAUUGCAAAAUGUUGGGGAGAGGGGGCGCCUUGAUGGCGGGCUUUUAGAUGCCGCAUUGGAUAAGUUGGAAAAUGAGUUCCGGCGUCUCUUGACUGAACAUAGCGUGCCACUUCCGAUGUCAUCGUCGUCAUCGUCCCUUGCUGAGCAAGCGUGCAUUGCUCCGUCACCUUUACCGGUUACUGUUAUGCAGAAGUUGCAAGUGAUUCUUGGGAGAUUAAGGGCUAAUAAUAGACUUGACAAGUGUAUACUGAUCUAUGUUGAAGUUCGUAGUUCAAAUGUUAGAGCGAGUUUACAGGCUCUUGAUUUGGACUACCUUGAGAUCUCAGUAACUGAAUUCAAUGAUGUGCAAAGCAUAGAGGGGUAUAUAUUGAAGUGGGGUAAGCAUUUGGAGUUUGCUGUGAAGCAUUUGUUUGAGGCGGAGUAUAAGCUUUGUAUUGAUGUUUUCGAGAGGAUGGGAUUGGAUGUGCGGAUGGGUUGCUUUGCAAAGAUAGCUGCUCAGGCUGGUAUUGUCGCAUUUCUUCAAUUUGGUAUGACUGUUACGGAGAGCAGGAAAGACCCCAAUAAGCUUUUAAAGUUGUUGGAUAUAUUUGCUUCUUUGAACAAAUUGAGACUGGAUUUUAAUCGGCUGUUUGGUGGAGCAGCAUGUGUUGAAAUCCAGAACUUGACUAGGGAUCUCAUCAGGAAGGUGAUUGAUGGAGCAGCAGAGAUCUUUUGGGAGCUUCGGGGUCAGGUUGAGUUACAGAGACAGAUGCCGCCUCCUCCAGAUGGUGGUGUUCCAAGAUUGGUAAGCAUCAUUAUUGAGUACUGUAAUAAACUGCUUGGGGAUGAUUACAAGCCAAUCCUAACCCAGGUUCUGGUCAUUCACCGAAGUUGGAAGCAUGAGAAAUUUCGGGAGAAACUCCUUAUUACUGAGGUUAUAAACAUAAUCAAAGCCAUUGCGGUGAACUUGGAGACAUUGAUGAAGGCUUAUGAUGAUACCAUCCUAUCCAACUUCUUUGCAAUGAACAACCACUGGCAUUUGUACAAGCACCUGAAGGGAACAAAGGUUGGGGAUCUCUUGGGGGAUAUUUGGUUAAAAGAACAUGAACAGUGCAAGGACUAUUAUGCCACGGUCUUCUUGAAAGACAGCUGGGGAAAGCUUCCAGGUCACUUAAGUAGGGAAGGUCUACUUUUCUUCUCAGGUGGACGAGCCACUGCUCGUGAUCUUGUCAAGAAAAGGCUGAAAGCUUUCAAUGAAGUUUUUGAUGACAUGUACAAGAAGCAGUCGAACUGGGUUCUGUGGGACAAAGAUCUGCGAGAGAGGACAUGCCAAUUUAUAGUUCAGGCAGUUGUGCCUGUUUAUCGAAGCUACAUGCAGAAUUAUGGGCCCUUGGUAGAGCAAGACGCAAGUUCCAGCAAGUAUGCAAAGUACACAGUGCAGGCUUUGGAGCAAAUGUUAAUGUCUCUUUUUCAGCCAAAGCCCGGGAGAUAUGGCAGUUUCAAAGGUAGGCAGCCUAGUGGGAAAUUCAACAAUGGAGUAACAGAUCUUCGUCGUACCGCCUCUGCGGUUGGGUGAUUGUCUAACCUGUUUCACUUUGUGGUGAUUAACCUGAAAGGGUGCCAUACUCCAAUAUUCUCCGUAUUCAGUUAGAUGGUUAGCCAAUUACCUGUAUAUAUUGUGUUCCAAGAGCCAUGGAGCUUUUUUACUAAUAUUUUCAGUUAUUGGAUUUAGAGAAGGAAUUUCCUCUGAACUGUGCCAUCCCAUUGACGGAUUUUUCUCCAUGAGAUGGAAUUUUUGUAACUUGUCGAACGCGAUGAAGAAUUGUGAACUGUCCUCCAUGCCUGAAGGGUUCUGAAAAGCCAUAAGAUGUCAUUGAAUAUGAGACAUGCUGAUACACAAGUUAUACAGGCUUAUCGGAUAAGGUUAGUAGAUAUACUUUCAGCUAUAGCUAUUCUUUUUUUUCCUUUUUUCUUCUCCAUCUUCACUAGUCAGUUAAGUUGCUAGGUAGGCGGCACGGAAAAUCUUUUUAAGUGGUAUACUUCAUGUACAAUUCUUUGAUAAAAAGUGCAUCUAGAUGUCUAGCUGUGAUUGAAUUCUUUACUCAUCAGUAUUUAUAAAAGAAAAAGAUUGUACAUGUAGGGACCUUGCUGAAAUGCAUGUUGUUAAUGCUACUGGAUGCCUGUUAUGUCGAGAGCUUAUGUAUUACAGCCAUGUUUUUACUGAAAUAUUGUUGACAAUAAAAUGGCAAUGUAUUAAAGCCAUUUUCUGUUCUGUUUGAUCGGGUUAAUAAUAUGGUUUUACAGCCUUCUUUUUCUUCUU